AUGGAGGAUAGUGAACUAUUGAUGCGCGACACGGUUUGUACAGAAACUUAUGGAGAAUGUCACAAAUAUUGUCAAGUUGGUGAGUUUUUGGCUAUUGCAGUUAACACAGACAAUUUUGGUCAUAGAUUUUUUAUUUACUUUACAUGCUCAAGCGUCUACAAUUACAACUCGAGAGAUAUAGAUUAGAAUAGUAGUUUGAUGCCGUAGAUUGUAACGUACUGUGCUGAUGUGCAAGGAUGUUCAUGGUUCAGAUGACGACCAUCAGAGCUAUCCUUGAGUCUGACGUUUCCCAUAAUUGGGCCUCUCCCUAGGUAUUUCACUGUUCCUCGCGUCACUAAGUCGUGGGUGAGGCGCUCCAUAAGACUUCUGGCGUUCAAUCAUAUACUUGUGUAGGCCAAGUAUAGAUGUGCCUAGUACCCGUGCACUCAGCACUACCCAUUCCUCAAGGCGCCUGGGUUGGGCGGUGCGCGGGGUCGAACCAAUGUCCUUCCGAAUAGCGAGAAAUGAAGAAAUAAAAUUUUUCAAUUUUUUUACUAUGUUUGUUUCAACUAUGUGAAAAAUUACUUUUCAGGCCUUUUUUGUAAAAUUUACUGUAGCCCGAUGUGUUGUGUUUCAUCCGCAGUUUUCCAACUCCAGUGCAAGUUUUUUAAUAGCGAGACGAGCUAUGCUCAUAAUUCAUCAACGUUCAAUUUAAAACCCGAAUACUUUUCUGAAUAUACUGGAUCAGCAUUUGGAGUUUAUGCUACGGAGGACGUAACGUUCAUUUUCAAGGUGCCCUUGUUAGUACAAAACUAUCGUUUGGCGUUGGUCGUUUUGAUGAAUGUUGAUUAUUUGGUGUUUCGAGAUGAGCCGAUUCCUUUGUAG